AUGGUGAUGUUUAAGCUUCUUGAGCGAAGAUAUACUGAUGGUCUCUCUAUCUCUGUCUCUCUUAUAAUUCCUAGUGAUGGAGAAACUUUUAUACCAGCUGAUGAUCUACGUAUAAAUCUUUGGAACUUGGAAAUUAGCAAUCAAAGUUUCAAUAUUGUCGAUGUAAAGCCUGCAAACAUGGAGGACCUAACUGAGGUUAUAACAUCAGCAGAGUUUCACCCUACCCACUGUAAUAUGCUAGCAUAUAGUAGUUCAAAGGGCUCAAUUUGCCUCAUUGAUUUGCGGCAAUCAGCUUUUUGUGAUCCUCAUGCCAAAUUGCAAGCGUUUUACCGUUUUUAG